AAAGAAAUAAAUAGGAAGGGUUGCUAUCAAGCAACUACCUGCACCCACGUGAAGUGUCACAACACAAGCUGGGGGCUCAAUUCAUAUUCAUAUUCACUCCCCUCACUUUCACAGCUUCUCUGCUUCCCACGACCUGUGUUUAGUAUCCACUCACUUCCACAGUGCCCAUUCGCUCUCUUUUUCUUUCCCCCAAGCUUAAGCUGCCUAGACUUCGCCUUUUUUCCCUUCAAAACAGAUGAAGAAAAAAACUCUUGUCUCCCAUAAAUACCCGCUUCUAGCGUAAUAUUUCAGGUUCAGCUAGACAACAGUGUUUCUUCUGUUGCAGCCAUGUUUCCUUCAAACAAUAAUUACAACCCUUUUCCCUUAACCACCCAUACUAUGCCUGGAAGCUCUUUUACAGGCGAUAGAAACUCUGCAGGCUCAUCACAGGAGGAUCCUAAUCCUCCCUUCUGGCACUUACCCGCACCCUUUAUUGAUGACGAUGAUGAUGGGUUGCUUAUGAGUCACCUGUUAUCACAAGCACAACAACAAAUCGUGGGCUCCAGUAGCAACGUGGCGCCACCGGAUUCUGAGAUUAACGCAGCUUCUCCAAUGAAGGAAACCAAAAAGGUCACCACCAAAAGGAAGAGAAGUGCCGGUAACGGAGCAAAGCAGGGGAUUCCUCGAAAGAGAACUGGAAAGAAAGACAGACACAGCAAGAUCUAUACAGCUCAUGGUCCAAGAGAUCGGCGUAUGAGGUUGUCACUUCAAAUUGCACGCAAGUUUUUUGAUCUUCAGGACAUGUUAGGCUUCGACAAAGCAAGCAAAACUAUUGAAUGGCUCUUCUCUAAAUCCAAGGCUGCUAUCAAGGAACUCACUGACAACUUCCCCGGGGUGAAGCACAGCUGCAGUGGAGGUGGAAAGAGCGUGUCAUCUACCUCUGAAAGCGAAGUAGUAUCAGCAGCUAAAGAGUAUGAGGACAAUAUGGGAGACCUGCAAGGUGUUAUAGCGAGAGGUGAAUCUAUGAGGAGUACAGCUAGAGCGACAAAGGAAAGAAAAUCACGUAAAGCUUCAUUCAAUCCUGUUGCAAGAGAAUCUAGGGACAAGGCGAGAGCAAGAGCAAGGGAGAGAACUAGAGAGAAAAUGAAGAUGAGAGGGCUGGAAAAAUCCCAAAAGUGUUCAGAUGAAUCGAACCCUAAUGAAUUGGAGCGCUUGCAGUCCUCGAGUCCUCUUGAAGCUGGUGAAAAUUUGGGUCCCUCGACUCAAACGAACUCUACUCUCAAGGUAGUGGCUGAGGAAGUAGAACAACGGCACCAAAGCACUGUACACUUGCUAGAACAUGAAAUUGAUUCUGUAAGCGUCAUUGAGAAAUUUCUCGGCCUCAAUAGAGCACCAAGAUCGUCAUCCAUGUUUAAUUACUCGCACAACUUCGCAGACUCAAGCGAAGAAAAUUCAGAGGAAAAUUGUCCAAUAUUUUCUGGAAAUUGGGGCAUGAACAGUGACAGGAUCCGAUACGGUUACUAUGCACUGACAAACAGCAAGGAUUCCACAGGUAAUGCCCAAGAACAAAACCCUAGUAUAAUUUUCAUGACGGACCCAAAUGCAAACACCCAAGAGGAAAACCCUAGUUCAAAUCUCGUGGUCAACUCGUAUGCUAAAACAGUGAGCCAUAAUCCAGACUUGAUGACCCCCUCAAAUGCCCAUGAAGGAAGCCCUACUUCAAUCCUCGUGCCCUCCUCAGACAUCGGUUUGCAUUCACAUUACCAAGAAAAUCCUAUUGUUGCCAGCAAAUACCACAAUUUUUAUUGACGAAGAUGCUGAUAAAUCCCUUCCUGUUUUCCUAAUUAUGUCAAACAACAACUGUACGGCUUUCUUCAACUUGAUUUUGUGUGUGGUGAAUCCUCUUUGCUUAAUGGUGGGAAUGGAUUGAGUGUUGUUGUAUUUCUUCUAUGAAGUUUAUCAGAAUUUGACUUUGUGUUUUGUCA